CUUACAGAGCAGGGGCAGAAGUACCACAAACAACUGUUUUAUUGAUUCACUAAACAGCGUUUAAGAACUCGGUUUGAAGAUGAUGCGCGUUCCUGAGCUGCAGAACCAGAAGAACUCUUUAUUCACGGCUAUGAACCGCUUCAUCGGCGCCGUCAACAACAUGGACGAGACGGUGAUGGUACCGAGUCUGCUGCGCGAUGUUCCGCAUGUUAGCGAAGGAGAAAGCGGGGAUUACAUGCGUGCAGCUGAGGCUGACAUGUACGCCUACUACACCCAGCUCAAAUCCAUCCGCAAUGAGAUCGAAUGGGGCGCAGUGCUGCGUACAGACGAUCCGCAAAAAGCCGCAGAGAAGGCGGAGAAAACGCUGGAGUCCGGGAGCGAACAGGCCGAUCUGGAACGGCUGCUGCGCUUCCACCUGAAGGGUCUGCACGGGGUGUUGUCCAAACUGACCAGCCAUGCCAACCAGCUCACCGACCGCUACAAGCAAGAGAUUGGCAUUGCUGGCUGGGGUCAGUAAGAUUACCUCAACACCCAGCAGCUGUUAUCAGGGACUCAAACAAAGGACUGGUCGGGAAUGGAAGUAUUUUGGGGCUGAUUUCUUAAACGAGCAUGAAGGUGACUUUUAUGCCUCUUUUUGCACAGAACUUACCUCGGUUUUAAAGCUCAGAUGAUGAUACACACUCAUUGUGAUUUAACAAUCUGCUAUGUAUUUGUGCGUAUGAUACUGUGUGUUUGAGAGCUGGUUUAUUAGUGUUUGUAGGGCGGGGAGUGGACAGAGGACUGCAGUCAGACCAUAUGAUGCAACCACUCUUCAGAAUGACCCCUUUCAAACUGACUGUACCUAUUUAUUUGUCUUGCCUGUGUAAUUUAACAGAGUAGUUUAACUGAGAGGGUUUGGGUACAUCCCCAUUCUAAUGAUCUGAAACUGCCCGUGAAUUAAUGAACUGGAAAGCUCUGAGAUGUGCCAACAAUGGUAAAGUCAUGAAGAGCUCCAUGUGAUUUGUGUUAACCUCACAGUGCUAUUUGUCUAAAACAUUUGCUAUUUUUAUAUUGGAUAAUAUUUAAUAGUGAAAUAAACUUGUUUUCAAAUAUCUGUUUAUUCAUUUCUCUGAUUGCUUUUGUUUUAUAACUAUGAUCUUUCAUUAUCAUAUGCCUGUUUUCCACUGAGCUGUACUGUAUUGUGUGUUAUGGGAUUUGAAAACAUACCACAUGAUCCCACAUUUUGUUUUCAUUGCCAAGUAACCGGUUCUGUACCCAGGUUACUUUUUGGUUACCCUGUUUGACCUGAAAACAAGCUUAAUGAAGCAGGCCAUAUGUGUGGGCAGACAGAAGAAAGUGCAGACAGAUGAUUGGCUAAUGAAAAUGGCCCCAAAUUAAACACCACAACAACAGCAGACAAACCGAAAAUCGUCCUGUAGCUAAUGAUAUCAAUUACAUUUACUGUGGCGUUUUUGUUCUCAGCCUUUUUCUCAGCCAGUGACUGGGAAAAAAAAAAAAUGAAUCCCAGGUUUACAGGUCCCAUGAGCGACACCCACGCUACUAACUGCUGCACCACCAUGUCAUGCCAUGAACAUAAUUUUUAAGUCAUUAACAUUUAUGCCAUUUACCAGAUGCUUUUACUCAGUGUCAGUUAUGACCAAAUACCAUGCAGGUAAUUAAGGGUUUUGAGCCCUGCUCAGGGGCUCGACAGUGGCAACCUGCUGAUAGUUGGGACUGAACCGACAACCUCCUGUUUAAUAUUUGUAAGAUCUGUUGCACAGUGUUUGGACAAUCUUCUUGAAAUGUUUCAUGAUUCUAAUCACACACUACCAUCUUCAAAUAUUCAGGUCUAGAGACCAAGUAGUACAUGCUAUAAAUUCUUUGGUUUUUAAAUAAUUUGUUCAAAUGUAACAUGUGUUUGUUGUCUGAUAUACCCAUAGCUCAUGUUCAGUUUCUUGAAAUUUCUUUUUUUUUUUUCAUGUUAAUUAACUCAUAUAUGUAAACUGGCUACUUUCAAUUGCCUUGUGGUUUGAGUGAGCAAGUAAAUGGGUGUGUGCGGGGAUAAAUCUAGUGUUUCUAGAAAAGCCUCAAAACCCGAGAAAAACCUGAUCAGGAUGAAGCAGUUAUGGCACAUUUAAUAGUUUGUUUUGUCCAAUGUUUAACUAAUUAAAUAGAAACUCUGGCAUAACA